CUGCUUGCUGAAGGUGCUGACAUUGAAGCGCCUGAUUCACUGAAGGCUACUCCCCUGCAUUACUCUACUGCUAUUGAAGAAAUCGCCGCAGAGCUAGCGUUGGCGAUACUGCACACACUCCUCAGAGGCGGAGCGUCGCCGAACUGUCGAGAUAUCGAUGAACGUACUCCGAUUUUGUGGGCUGCAAGCAAUGGAAAUCUGGAGGCGAUGCAUUCGCUUAAACAAGCCGGUGGCGAUCUUGAAGCCGUGGAUCGGGAUAGUCUGGGUGUACUUCACUGUGCAGCAAGCCACGGUUAUCAUGAAACGAUCGACUUCUUCAUGGAAACUGCGCCUCAUGCUUCUAUUGACCAACGAGAUCGUGCUGGACAUUCGGCGCUAUUUUAUGCCGUCACCUACGGUCACUACGAAGCUGCAAAACAUCUUCUGGAUCACGGUGCUAACCCGAAUCACCAGGACAAUCGUCUACGCACACCCUCGCAUUGUGCCGCCGCCAAGGGUCAAAUGCGAAUGCUCAAACUGCUUAAGCAGUACAACGCAGCUUUCGAGAUUCAGAACUAUCGUGGUGAUUUGCCAGUUCAUGAAGCCGUUCAGUCUAGGAGCAAAGGUACGAUUUGA